UUUUAGAGAGAUAGAAUCCCUAUGUCACACCACCACCACCCACACCCCCCAAAAUUAAAAUUAAAAUUAAAUUAAAAAAAACAAAUACCAAAUAGUGUUGUUUUGUUGUGUUUUAUUACCAAGUUGAAAUGAAGCAGACCACCUUACCACCUGACUCCACUGUUUUUCUCUGCCUAAUUUUCCCCCAUUAUUAAUCCCCCCAUCUUUCUCUCUCUCCCCAUUACCCACUCACACUCAUUCAUUCCUUCCCCCAAAUCCCACCAAUCCUUCUCCUUCUUUCUCUCCUUCAACCCUAGCAAAUCUCUUUCCUUAUUUUUAUUUUUUUCAGUUCAGUCUACCAUUUCUCUCUCUCCCCCCGAGAUCGAUCCAUCAAUUCAUCUCGGCGGAUGAGAGAGAUUAACAACAACAACAGACCCGACGACGAACCCACCACGAUCGGGUCCGGGUCUGUUGUUGUUGUUCCCGGGCAUGGCGGGGUGUCUUCUUCUACCUCUGGUUUAUCAUUUUACACCCCGCCAUGUCCGGAUCAGGUGUUGGAGAACGUCUUAGAGAACGUCCUCCACUUCCUCACCUGCCGCCGCGACAGGAACUCCGUCUCCCUCGUCUGCAAGUCAUGGUACCGGGCCGAGGCCCUAACCCGAUCCGACCUCUUCGUCGGGAACUGCUACGCGGUGGGACCCGCCCGUGCGACGGACCGGUUCAAACGGGUUAGAUCCGCUGUCAUCAAAGGAAAACCCCGGUUUGCUGAUUUCGGGUUAACCCCUUUUAACUGGGGAGCUCACUCUACUCCAUGGUUGUCUGGUUUUGGUCAAGCUUACCCUUGGCUUGAAAAGAUUCAUCUAAAACGUAUGAGUGUUACUGAUUCUGAUCUUGAGCUAAUUUCCAAGUCUUUUUCUUCAUUAAAGGAGUUAACUCUUGUUUGUUGCGAAGCUUUUGGGACGAAUGGUCUUGCUAUUCUUGCUUCUAAGUGCAGACAAUUGAGAGUAUUGGAUCUGUUUGAGGAUGAAGUAAAUGAUGAUGAAGUGGAUUGGAUAUCUGGUUUUCCAGAAUCUGGGACUUGUCUUGAAUCAUUAAGCUUCGAAUGCAUCGAUUUCCCCAUUAAUUUCAAUGCAUUGGAGAAGCUUUUAACCCGAUCCCCAAACUUGAAGAAGCUUAGAGUGAAUCGAUCAGUUUCCAUUGAUCAAUUGUAUCGAUUGUUGGUUCGAGCUCCUCAGUUAACCCAUUUAGGAACUGGGUCAUUUAGCCCACCCGAGAUUUGGGAUCCAUCGCAAAACUUGGAUUAUCGAGCUGCUUUUGCUGCUUGUAAAUCCCUCGUUUGUUUAUCUGGGUUUAGAGAAAUCACGCCGUUGUUCUUGUCAGUGAUACACCCCGUUUGUGCUAACCUCACUUCGUUGAACUUUAGCUAUGCGAAUAUUAAUGCUGAGGAGUUGAAAUCAGUGAUUUGCCAUUGCCACAAUCUUCAGAUUUUUUGGGUACUAGAUACAGUUGGGGAUGAAGGGCUUCAAGCUGUUGCCUCAACUUGCAAAGAUUUGAAAGAGCUUCGUGUUUUCCCAAUCGAUGCUCGGGAAGACAGCGAAGGGUUUGUUUCUGAAGUGGGUUUGCUUGCUAUUUCUGAAGGGUGUAGGAAACUAGAAUCUAUACUAUACUUCUGCCAAAGAAUGACUAAUGCCGCUGUUAUUGCAAUGUCGAAAAACUGUCAAGAUCUCGUGGUUUUCCGGCUUUGUAUAAUGGGUCGACACCGACCCGACCACAUCACUAACGAGCCAAUGGAUGAAGGGUUUGGAGCCAUUGUCAUGAAUUGCAAGAAACUCACCCGUCUUGCAGUUUCCGGGCUGUUAACCGAUAAGGCAUUCGCGUACAUUGGGGAAUAUGGGAAACUGGUUCGAACCCUUUCAGUUGCUUUUGCUGGGGAUACAGACAUGGCACUGAAAUCUGUUCUUGAGGGUUGCCCCAAAUUGCUGAAACUCGAGGUUCGGGAUAGCCCGUUUGGUGAUUCGGUUUUACGGGCUGCUUUACCCCACUUAUACAACAUGAGAUUCCUUUGGAUUUCCGCUUGUAGGUUGACUCUUCCUGCUUGUAGGCAGAUUGCUAGAGAAAUGCCUCAAUCGGUAGUCGAGGUGUUUUCUAACCGUAUGGAAGCAGUUGAUGACAAGGAAGAGUUCGUUGAUACGUGUUAUAUCUACCGGUCCUUAGACGGGCCAAGAACCGAUGCACCAGAAUACGUGAGGAUUUUGUAGGCUGGAUAUCGAAAUAGAGGUGAUCAAAAUCCGGCUCAGGCUGGGCCGGGCUUUACACACAAAAACUCAUACAUUUGGGUUGUAAAGGGGAUAAUCAUCACAAAAGGAGGGCGAUUUGUACCCCUCGGUGCAUAAGAGAAUGGUUCAGUCGCGAAAAUAAGAUUCAUGGAGGUAUUGGUACAUUACUACAUUCGCGGUUAUUAUUAUCCUCCCUUUUUUUUAAUUUUUACUUUCAUUUAUCACAUUUUUUCCCAUGUUUUUAUAACUCUUUGUGCAUUAUUGCAUUCAUUUUCUUUGUACUUCUAUAAGACAAGGCUGCUAGGGAUGGAGAUUGGAAAUGGGGGAAAGGUUAAUCGAGCUUAUGACCGUUUUAUCAUUCUUUUAUAUGAUAUGAAAUCAUAAGAUCUGGAUUGUUGAUCAUUAUACGCGGAUUAUGCUCAUGAAAAUAGGGUUUGGAAGAAUUGGAGGUUUUGAUUAUUAGUUCGAAUGUAGCCUAGUUGAAGAUGAUAGUAUUAGCUAUUUCUCGGUCUAUUUCGUUCUUUCGUUUUCUUUUCUCAGAUUCCAUGAAGAAAACACUGUUUGUUUAUCAGAGUUCAGAAUUCAGAUGUGUUGAUUGUAGCCUAGUAGUACUUGAGUUAUAGUAAGAUUUAUUACAAUUAUAUGUUAAAUUUAGUUAUUAUUUAUUUA